AUGACAUUUGCAACGGACGCUACUAAUUUAACGGAACAAGUUGUGGAUGAAUCCAACGCUCAAGAAACAGAUUCUAAUACCGACGAAAAUUUCUAUUUACCAAGGACACCAGCUACUUUAAAUGUCAAUGCGUUGCAUGAUGAUGAAGAACAAGAAGAGGAAGAAGAAAAUAGUUAUAAGUCCAUGGAUCCUAAAAACACAAAUCAAUUUGUACAUAUAUCAAACAGAACAAAAGAUCAUGAUAUCGAUACAACAAUAGAUAGUAAAAACAAUACUCUCGAUGACCCUAUUCAAUUUAAAAGAGUCUCUUCGUCGUCAAUUAUAAGUAAUUUAUCAUCUGGUAACAGUAGUAAUAACCACAAUGAUGGAAACAGAACGCCAAUUUUGCCAAAUGAUAACAAACCAUCACCAUCAACAGUGGUGAAAGAAGAUAGAAAAAUUAGACAUUCAAUAGGUACAGCAUUUAAUAAUUCAAGUAGCACGUCACGUUCUGCCACUCCAAAAUUACCUCAAACGACCCCUUCUCCAUCUCCUGCAAUCAUUGAUGAAAAGAAAAGCUCGAACAUAUCAUCUUCCACCUUCGGCAUUUCAGGUUCUUCUCCAUUUAGAUCCUUUAGCAUACAUUCUACUAAGAAAAAAGGUAAUAAGAACAGUGCAACUUUUAGUAAUAGAGAUAGCAACACUAGCACCAUGAGCAGCCACAGCAAUGAUAGUUCUGGUCAUUUAAAUAAAUCUAGUGGUGGUGCAGGUUCAAGAAUAAUGAAGGGAGUCUUUUCCUCCUUUGUCAGCAAUAUCAAAAGAAAUUCAACUGAAUAUAAUAAGAGAUCUUCAUCUUCAUCUUCAUCUUUAAAUGGUACACCGAGCAGUAACGUCUUUUCCAUCAAAAUAUCUACUCCUUAUAACGCCAAGCACGUGCAUCAUGUUGGUAUAGAUUCUAAAACAGGUGAGUAUAUCGGCUUACCUGCUGAGUGGGAAAGACUGCUUACAUCAAAUGGUAUCACUAAAAAGGAACAACAACAAAAUAUGGGAACUAUGGUUGAUAUCGUCAAGUUUUAUCAAGACGUUACUGAAAGCAACGGCGAAGCUAAAAUAAUCAAGACAUUUAAUAAUAGUAACAUGAGCUUUCCUUCAUCUAAUUCAUCUUCCUCAAAUCGUUCAUCUGCAAGAAUGUUGAAAACAAAUUCUGAUUUAUUAUCCGUGAGUACUCCAAAGAUCAAUCAGCACAAUAAUACGUUUACUCCCUCAAGUACCUUAAAUAACUCUCCUUUGUUGUCCACACCACAGUCAAAUAUUAUUUCAAUAGGUUCGGUGAACUUAACUUCAAAUAGCGCCACGAAUUAUUCACAAUCAAAUGAAAAGUUCAUUCCAACUAGACCUGCUCCUAAACCCCCUUCUGGCAGAACAAUCGAUGCAACCAAGCAAUCACCUAUAGCAUCACCUUCUGUAAGUAAAACUAUUCCAUAUAGUGAAUCGUCAAAUAUUGACACUCCGAAGAAAUUGCAGGAAAAUGUAUUGGAGCAUAUUGAACCUUCGAAAAAAGAACUACCACCCAUUCCAAAAGGUGACUCGGCAAAGGCUUCGAAAGCUAUAGCAAGGAGAGACUCUAAAAAACAAAUAGAGAAAGAAAGACGUAAAAAGGAAGUACUUAAUAAGCUAGCUGAAAUUUGUUCGGGAGGUGAUCCUACACAAAAGUAUGUCAACUUGAUUAAAAUCGGCCAAGGCGCAUCAGGUGGUGUUUACACAGCAACCGACGUCAACACAGAGGCGUCUGUUGCUAUUAAAAAAAUGAAUUUUGAAAAACAGCCUAAGAAAGAACUUAUUGUAAAUGAAAUCCUUGUCAUGAAGGCCAGCAGGCAUGAAAAUAUUGUCAACUUUAUAGACUCCUAUUUCUUAAAUGGUAACCUUUGGGUCAUUAUGGAAUACAUGAAGGGUGGUUCUCUAACUGAUGUUGUCACACAUUGCAUUCUGACAGAACAACAGAUUAGUACUGUCACCCGAGAGACUUUAAACGGUUUGAGAUUUUUACAUUCAAAGGGUGUGAUCCAUAGGGAUAUUAAGUCUGAUAACGUACUUCUAUCAUUAAGCGGUGAUAUCAAAUUGACAGAUUUCGGCUUUUGUGCCCAAAUCAAUGAAAUAAACCUGAAAAGAACAACAAUGGUUGGUACGCCAUAUUGGAUGGCUCCUGAAGUUGUUUCUAGAAAAGAAUAUGGGCCAAAGGUUGACAUUUGGUCACUUGGUAUUAUGAUUAUAGAGAUGAUAGAGGGAGAGCCCCCUUACCUAAAUGAAACACCAUUAAGAGCCCUGUAUUUGAUUGCUACUAAUGGUACACCAGAAUUGAAGGAUCCCGAUUCACUCAGUGAGUGUCUAAAAGCCUUCCUUGAUUGGUGUCUCAAGGUUGAUCCUCAUGAAAGAGCAUCAGCUACAGAACUACUAAAUGACAGGUUUAUAGUAGAAUUUUCUGAAAAAACCGAAACUUUGUCUCCACUAGUCAAGCUAGCGCGGAUGAAAAAAUUGGAAGAAGAAGCAGAGAUAACUGAGGAAGAGACAUAUGCGGAGGACACUCUUAAUAAAGAGGACGUUGAAGAAGAAGCCCACACUACUGUUGAAAAAAAUAAUGAAGAAGCCGUACAGGCAAAUGCCGAUUUCAAAAACCUGUAA